UACCGAUCAAGAUUUGAAAAAAUUGUAGUAGGUACAGACGUGCUCACAUGCAGUCAAAGUUAAGUAAACAUGAAUGUGCUGACACAAAUCAAUCAUUCGUGCUGCGAUGAGAGCACUGACGAAGUUCAUUAAGAAGAAUUAUUUAUUCAUAUGGCAGCUAGGCGGCCGUUAAAAAACGGAUACUCCUUAAAUUCACACACUCACACACAGAAGACACAGAACAGCUGAAUUCCCCUGAAAUACUCUUAUGCAUGUACGAGACCCCGGACCCAUUUCUGACAUCAUCAAAUAAUAGUAAGAAGACAAAAAUAGAUGAUAUAAGCAGAGAAACUCAAAGACUAGUUAGUGAUAGCCAUGUGCGUUUACCAUAUCAUAAACCAAAACAAAAGUCAUUAAAAGACUUCCUCAAUAGACAGAAAGUAUCAACUGAGUAUCAAGCAUCUUUAACAGGUUCUAAAAAAUUACUUCUCAAAGCAUGGGAAUUGAUUGAAAGUAAAGAACAAACUGUAGAAAAAUUUUACAAUGAAGACAGUGUUCAAGAUGAAAACAAUGAAAAUAUAUCUUCGAAUACUCAUACAGAAAACCAUUUUUCUUUAAAUGACAACAACUUUGAUAAAGAAGUUACUUAUAAAGAGAACCAUAACAAUAGUUUAUCUGAAUUUAAUGACGAUGAAGAAAAUUAUGAUGGUAACUCAAGUGUAGCAAGUGAAUUAUCGUCUGAUGAUGAAGAAAUUGAUAAUAAUGAAGAUGAAUCAAUUAAUGGUGAUAAAAAUGAAGAUGAAUCAAUUAUUGGUGAUGAAAAUGAGAUAAUAGAUGAUGAAGAAGAUGAUGAAAAUAAAGCAAUUGAUAGUGAUGAUGAUGAUGAUGAAGAUAACUCUGGGAAAAUGAAAAAUUUGUGUUCUGGAAAACCUCUCACUCAAUAUGCUGAAACAGAGAAAGACCCUGAAGAUGAAGUAAAAAAAAAUAUAGUUAAAACAUUCAUUGAUGAUGAAGCUGAAUUGUCUGAAUUAGAUUGUAGUUCAGAUGACGAAGAUAAUUUGCCCGAUUUUAUUAAUGAAUCAGGAGAUGAAGAAGACCAUGAUAUAGAGUUUCCUAAAAAAAAGAAACAUAGAUUAGUUUUAUUAUCAGAAAGCAGUGAUGAUGACAUAAACAGAGAAAAUGAAAAUGAUUUAAACAGCGAAAUUAAAUCAAUACCAAAUAGUUUAUCGCCUUUAUUUAACGACUCUGAAGCUAUUGUAUCUACACAACAACUGAUGGGUUUUUGUUCUGGACAAUUCCAAUCCCAAGAAUUGGAUGCUAAGGAAGAUAAAGAAGAAGUAGAUGAUUUUGAAGAUAAUUUUGAUUCUGAAGUUCCAAUAAAUGAUACUGACAUUUUCACUAAUGGAGAUGAUGCUGAUGAUGAUGGAUCUCUCAAACUAGUUUCAGCUAAAGAUUUUUUUGAUGAUGAAGCAGAAUUAUCUGAAUCAGACUGGAGUUCUGAUGAUGAAGACAAAUUGGUUGGUUUGAAUGACAAAUUAGAAGAAGAAGAAGGUGAUAAGGAUAAGCUAGAUGAAAGUCUAGUUAAGGAUGGAUUAGACAAGAUAUAUAUGCGGCAGCUUUUAGAUGAUGAUAACCAGCAAGUAACUGCACUCAAAGAAAUGCUUCUUGAAGAUGGGGAAUUGUAUUCAGAUUCUAACCGAAAAAGAAAAUUUCAAUGGGAUGAUGCUGAUCAAGAUGAUGUUGCUCUUAAGAAACCCUUAUUUUCUGACAAUGAAGAUGAUAAUGAAGAUGAUGUAUUAAGUGAUGAUGAAAAAACAGAACAGUGGAGAAAUGAACGUUUCAAGCGUGAAUCUUAUUUAUCCGAAAAAAAUAAAUAUUCUGACGAAGAGGAUAGCAAUGAAGAGGAAGAAUCAACUAAUGUUUUACAAACAACUGUAUCAAUUGUGAAAAAAACUCAUGUUGUGAAGUAUCAAAAUGGUAAAAGUAGAUGUAUAUCAAAAACACUUGAUAUUGAAAAAGAUAGUGAAUCAACACAGUUAAAUGAAAAUAACGAUGAAACUGAUCCAAAUGGCCAACAUUCAAGUAUAAAUUCAACUGAUACAAUUAAAACAAAUAAAAUAAUAAUCAAAGAUUCUGUUGACCUCCAAGUUAUGAAUAUUAUCUCAUCGAAACAUAAUAAAUGUAUAAAAGGUUCAUUCAUGAAACGCAAUGGUGAUAAGUUAACUAAUGCAUUGCUGUUUGCAAAUAAAAAAAUAACUAAUAACGAAGGAACAAACCCUAAAAAGUAUGAAGAAAAGAGAGAAAUGAAGUCAUUAAGUACAAUCACAGCUACUGCUACUAGUAAUCCAUUUGCAUACUUGAUGAGAAAUGACAAAAACAACGAAAAUGGUGGUGAUGUAAUGAAAAUAGAAAAAACAGAUAAUACUAUCAAUCUUAGUAAAACGUAUGUUAAAACAAACGCAAAUCUCCAACCAGAGGCAAGUCAACAAACAAUUAAACUCAACAAAUUAUCUCAUAGUAUCUUGAAACAAUUUGAAUAGUAAAUGUGAUUCAUAUUUAUGUUUUCAAACAGUAGUAGGUUAAGAUGGUGCUUUCAUCUUAAAUUUUGUAUAAAAUCAUGUUUAUUUUUGUUUUAAUUAUUUCAAAAUAAUUUAAAAUGUAUUAUACUAUACUAGAUUUUUUACUAAAAUAAGUUAAUAUUUAAGAUCAUUUAAUAUAAAAUUUGUAAAAAAAUUAUAAUCAUACUUUAUGCAAUUUAUAAAUUACAACUAUUUUUGUUUAUAAAAUUGAAAUGUGUUGUUUAAAGUUAUAAAUAUAUUAUAAGCAU